AUUACUCAAGAGUUGAGGAGCUUCUCUAUAUAAGCAAGAUAAUAAAUUUAUUUCUUCAGUCGUAACCAGUCGGCUAACUUUUAAAUAAUUCAAUUAUGAAUACACUAGAAUUGCUCCAGCCAAUAAAUAAUCUAUGGAGUUUUUUAUUGGAAAAAUUUGGGAACGCAUCAAUGGUUUAUGAGAUGUCAAUUUGUAACGAAACAAAACCAAAUGAAGCGAAUGAAUUUAAUCUAUUUGAAAAUCCUGCAAAGUUUGGAGUGCUUACAGGAUUAAUUAUAGCUUUGUUUAUUGAAUCUCGAUUUGCUCCUACGAAGUUUGACAAUUACAUCGAAUCAAAGUUGAAAAAUAUCGCGUUUAUGAUACUGAACAUCAGUUGUUUUUUAUUAACCGCUCCAAUAAUCUCCAUAUCACUGGUUAUAUUUUUUAUUUAUCGCCAGAUUGUUUGCUUGGUACUAAAAAUUACUUUGGGUGAAAAAUUUGCCGGUUUAUUGGAAGGAACAGAUUGUGUUUGGGCCAUAGAAGACCCUUCGGCUUUGUCGGUAAUAAAUAUUAUCGGAGUUUUGGAACUAGACUCUCUGAGUAAUGGCGUGAAUAUCCUUGAAGAAGUUAGAGCGUUGGUCAAAGAACUUUUGCUGUUUCCAAGCUUUGAGAAGCUUUUUUGGAAGCGAGAGAAAAAGUAUGGCUACUAUUUUUGGAGGAGGAGCGAUGUUAAUUUGGAAGAACGUGUUCGUUUACUGGAUGUCGAUCACAGCAGAUGCAAAGAAACUUGCAAUUACUAUAGAGGAUAUUUGAGAGAAAUAAUAGCGCGAGAAUGUAACAAACCGCUUCCUGAAAAUCAUUCCGUAGGCUGGGAAAUUUUAAUACUACAAAAUUGUCAAAAGAAGACAUUUGGAAGUGAAAGAACUGUUUCAUUAUUGUUCCGAGUUCAUCAUUGCGUGGGAGAUGGCGUCGCUUUAUUGAGACUUUUGCUGGAAGCGAUAGCCGAUUCUUCAAAUUCAAAAGUUAAAGUUCGGUUUUUAGAUGACAAGAAAAUAAAAAUAAAAGUCAAUCAAAGUAAUUUAUUAUCCGUACCGAUACUUCGGAGAUGUUCAUCAAUUUACGGAAGUUUAAAGUAUUCUUCAGAUGUUGUUUAUUAUUCUUCUGAUGUACUGAGUGCGGUGAUGCCGUUUGCGAUAGGAAUUCCUUUGCACCGAAUUUUUAAAAGCUUUAAAAAAUAUUUGAAAGUUCAAUGGGAACUCUUAAGUUGUUUGGAAGCCGAAGAAAUGAAAGUAAAGAGUAUAAAAACUUUCAAAAUUAUCAAAGUGAUUAUUAUUGAGACUCUGAAAAAACUACGAAAAGUUUUUAGGAAUAUUGUUAAAAAUAUAAUGGCGUUGAUCUUGAUUCCGGAUUGUCUUUUUCGACAAGCUUGUCUCAGUUUCGAUGAAAGCGCUUUGCAUGGUCCGGAAUUGACUGGAAAUAAGAAGAUAUCUUGCUGGAUAGAAGACACAAGCGACGAUUCUCAUGACAGCUUGCUGGAAAAAAUAAGAGACAUAAAAAAUAUAACAGGCACUAGAUUUGGCGACGUGGUUCUUGCUGCUCUGUCAGCUAAUUUAUAUAAAUAUUUCCAUCAGAUAGGAAAAACUGCUCCAAAAAAAUUAACAGUUGUAAUUCCAGCGAGAAUGUCAAAACCGAGUCAAAAAUUAGCUUUGAAAAAUUGCUUCUCUGUAGGAUUAUUACCACUCUGUAUUUCUGAAGUAAAUGAAAUCUGGUGCGAGCCGACAAACGAUCCUAGAAAGUUACUCGAUCGUUUGCGCGAUGUGUCAAGGUCUACAAGAAAACUAAGAACUGAUCCAGAUUACUUGAUAAAUUACUGGGUAAUGACUUGGUUUUCGGCUGCGCUGCCUGAAGUAUUUCUCAGGACGUUUCUUAAAAGUUACAGUACUAUGGUAUUUAGUAAUUUACCAGGACCACAGGCAGUUGCUGUUCUGGGUCAUACGUUAAAAAAAAUUGCAUUUUGGAUCCCUAGUAGAGGAACAACAGGCAUUGGUUGCUCACUCCUGACUUACAACGGAAACGUCAAUAUUUCAUUGCAAGCCGAUGAAGCAGUGGUCAGUGAAGAAACCAGCCUCGACGAAAUUCUCAAAGGCACUAUUGAUGACAUUAAAGCUCUUCAUGAUAUUAUUACACUACCUUGUUUCGCAAAAUAAUUAUUAGACACCGCAGAAGCACCCAUGGAAACAGGUUUCGGUGUGCAUUAAAAAACAUCAUUACAUCUUUAAUAACUUUUUAUUUAUUGUGAAAAAUAUUUAUAAGUAAUCUUAUCAUAAUUUUUUAUCAAUUAAUAUAUUUAAUUUAUUUUUCUAUGGAUAUAUUUUUUAAGCACAAAUAUUAAUACAAUAUAUGUUAAAUAUUAUUUGGCCUUUCUGAAGAAUAAAACUGGCCAGAAAAUUAUAUCAAAAACAAUGUGUAAGAAUGAAUAAUUACAAUUCUUCUCUUGUAACUGC